ACCACGUCCACUUCUUCUUUCUUCUCCCUGUUGAACGGGAGUAACAUUACAGGCAGCGGGAGUGAGUGAGGUACGGACGGCCCUUCGGAUGCUCGGCCGCGGGGGGAAGAAGAAGAAGCAGCAGCUGCGGAUAUCCGUCUCAUACCUGCCUCAAAACGGGCUCUUCUCGUCGCCUAUGUUUUUUUUUGUCUUCUUCUUCCCCCGCUGACCGGUUUUGUGUGAAAGCGAGAUAAAACAGCCUGGUUUGGUUUCGUAACGCGCUGCACCGGUUAGCAGCGCGGAGGAAAAAGAUCUUUUCCGAGGAUGCGGAUUUAACGGAAAGACGUUAUCGGUGUUACCUGGGAUUCUUGACCGUUAAAAUUUGAAUUAGCUUCGUCGCACGCGUCGGUAGCGGAGGAAGAUAUUUUUCAUGUCUGGUGAAAUAUCGCACAUAGUGACGCGGUAGUUAAAAUAUCGACAGCCUCUGUAACAGAAGACAAAAUAAGGGGUUGAAUGUGUUUUCCUCCAGCCUGGACACCAUGAGCACCAUCUCGCCGACGGACUUUGACAGCUUGGAGAUCCAGCAGCAGUAUAAUGACAUCAACAAUCGCUGGGACCUGGCGGCAGAGACUGACUGGGAUAACGAGAACAGUUCAGCACGCCUCUUCGAACGCUCACGCAUCAAGGCUCUCGCAGAUCCAGAAGAAAAGGCCAUGGAGUAUGACCGCAGGGACAGAGAGCCCUGCUUGUCCCCUGCAGCAUUUGUUAAUCAGGUGCAAUACUCUAACAUCCUGGAAGGAAGGUUUAAACAGCUGCAAGAUGAGCGUGAAGCAGUACAGAAGAAGACCUUCACCAAAUGGGUAAACUCUCACUUAGGCCGAGUGACCUGUCGCAUUGGUGACUUGUACACUGACCUGCGCGAUGGCCGCAUGCUCAUCCGCCUUCUGGAAGUGCUCUCAGGAGAACAGCUGCCAAAGCCCACCAAGGGCCGCAUGCGUAUCCACUGCCUGGAGAAUGUUGAUAAAGCCCUGCAGUUCCUUAAGGAGCAAAAAGUCCAUCUAGAAAACAUGGGCUCACAUGACAUUGUGGAUGGGAAUCACCGUCUCACCUUGGGUCUCAUUUGGACCAUCAUCCUUCGCUUCCAGAUCCAGGACAUCAGUGUGGAGACGGAGGACAACAAGGAGAAAAAAUCAGCUAAAGAUGCUCUGCUGCUUUGGUGCCAAAUGAAAACUGCUGGAUACCCCAAUGUCAACAUCCACAACUUCACCACCAGCUGGAGAGAUGGUCUGGCGUUCAAUGCCAUCGUGCACAAACACAGACCUGAUGUGAUUGACUUUGACAACCUGAAGAGGUCCAAUGCUCACUACAAUCUCCAGAAUGCUUUCAAUGUGGCUGAGAAGGAACUGGGGCUUACCAAGCUGCUGGACCCAGAAGAUGUUAAUGUUGAUCAACCUGAUGAAAAGUCCAUCAUCACCUAUGUGGCGACCUACUACCAUUACUUCUCCAAGAUGAAGGCUCUGGCAGUGGAGGGCAAACGAAUUGGCAAGGUACUGGACUAUGCUAUUGAGGCCGACCAGCUGAUUGAGAAGUAUGAGACCCUUGCCUCAGAGCUGCUGCAGUGGAUUGAGCAGACCAUAGGGACGCUCAAUGAUCGGCAGCUAGCUAACUCACUGAGUGCCGUACAGAAUCAGCUCCAGGCUUUUAACUCCUACCGCACUGUGGAGAAACCCCCCAAGUUUACAGAGAAAGGAAAUUUGGAGGUUCUCCUCUUUACGAUUCAGAGCAAGAUGAGAGCAAACAAUCAGAAAGUCUACAUGCCAAGAGAGGGCAAGCUCAUCUCUGACAUCAAUAAGGCAUGGGAGCGACUGGAAAAGGCAGAGCACGAGCGAGAGCUGGCACUAAGAAACGAGUUGAUUCGCCAGGAGAAGCUGGAGAUGCUCGCUGCCCGUUUUGACCGCAAAGCAGCUAUGCGGGAGACGUGGCUGAGUGAGAACCAGAGGCUGGUGUCUCAGGACAACUUUGGAACCGACUUGGGAGCGGUGGAAGCUGCAACCCGCAAACAUGAAGCAAUUGAGACAGACAUUGGGGCGUACUGGGAGCGUGUGGCUGCUGUGGAGGCUGUUGCCAAAGAGCUGGAGACAGAGUCGUACCACGACGUGCGACGUAUACUUGCACGAAGGGAUAAUGUGCUUCGACUCUGGGAAUACCUGAAAGAGCUUCUAGCUGCACGCAGGGAGCGGCUGAAUGCCCAUCGUGACCUGCAGAGGCUGUUUGAGGAGAUGCGCUACAUCAUGGACUGGAUGGCAGACAUGAAGGGUCGUCUACAGUCUCCUGACAGUGGCAAACAUUUGCAUGACGUGUUGGACCUACUGCAGAAACAUACUCUGGUAGAGGCUGACAUUUCAGCUCAGGCAGAGAGGAUCAAGGCAGUGCAGGGAGCUGCACAGCGCUUCACCUCCUAUGAACAGGCCUACAAACCAUGUGAGCCGGGACUAGUUAGUGAGAAGGUUGACCUGCUGGGUCAGGCCUAUGAGGAGCUUGGUCAGCUUGCUGGGAAACGCAGAGUACGCCUCGAGGACUCGCGCCGCCUGUGGCAAUUUCUAUGGGAUCUGGGAGAGGAAGCAGCCUGGAUCAGAGAGCAGGAGCAGAUCCUUGCCAGUGGAGACUGUGGUCGUGACCUCACUUCUGCCCUUCACCUGCUCAGCAAACAUGAGGCCUUCAGGGAUGAGAUGGCAGCCCGUUACGGCCCCCUGAGUAAUAGCAUCGCUGCUGGAGAAGCUUUGGUUCAGGAGGGACACUUUGGAGCCCCAGAGGUCACAGAGAGGAUUCAAGACAUCCGUGCACAGUGGGCACAUCUGGAGGAGACAACUAAGCUCAGAGAGCAGAGCCUUAAAGAAGCAGUGGCCCUGCACCAGUUUCAAACAGAUGCCAAUGACAUGGAGGCAUGGAUCAUGGAGACACUUAGACAGGUGUCCAGUACAGAGGUGGGCCAUGACGAGUUCUCCACCCAAACUCUCGCUCGCAAACAGAGGGAGAUAGAUGAGGAGAUCCAGAGUCACCGCCCCGGCAUCGACUCCCUGCAUGAGCAGGUCCAAGCACUGCCACAGGCCUAUGUACAUUUCCCUCAGGUGGAUGGCCGCCUACCUGCUAUUGAGCAGCGCUAUGAAGAACUGGAGUCUCUGUCAGUGGCUCGGCGCCAGGCUCUGGAAGGGGCCCUGGCCCUCUACCGCAUGUUCAGUGAAGCUGGUGCCUGCCAGCUCUGGGUGGAGGAGAAGGAGCAGUGGUUAGAUAGCAUGGAGAUCCCAACCAAACUGGAGGACUUAGAGGUGGUGCAGCAGAGAUUUGAGACGCUGGAACCUGAGAUGAACAACCUAGGCACUCGUGUAAAUGAUGUGAACCAGGUGGCCGAGCAGCUGCUGAGCUCCGACAACUGUAACAAAGACCAAAUCCACCAGACACGAGACCAACUACACAACAGAUGGAAGGAGUUCGAACAAAUGGCUGGCCAAAAGAAACAAGCCCUGGAGUCGGCCCUCAACAUCCAGAACUACCACUUGGAGUGUAAUGAGAUCCAAACUUGGAUGAAGGAAAAGACCAAAGUGAUUGAAUCCACCCAGAGCCUGGGCAAUGACCUGGCUGGUGUGAUGGCACUGCAACGCAAACUCACUGGCAUGGAGAGGGACCUGGAGGCCAUUGAGGGUAAACUGGAUGAUUUGAGAAAUGAGGCUAAAAAGCUGGCCAUGGAACAUCCCGAUCAGGCUGGAGAGAUUCAAGGACACCUGGCAGAGAUUCAAGAGGUGUGGGAGGAGCUGAAUGCCACCAUGAAGCGACGUGAAGAGUCAUUGGGUGAAGCCAGCAAGCUGCAGGGCUUCCUUAGGGAUCUGGAUGACUUCCAGUCGUGGCUGUCCCGCACCCAGACGGCUGUGGCCUCAGAGGAUAUUCCCACCUCUCUGCCUGAGGCUGAGAGUUUGCUCGCCCAGCACGAGAACAUUAAGAAUGAGGUGGAUAACUAUAAGGAGGACUACGAGAAGAUGCGAGCGGUCGGUGAGGAGGUGACCCAAGGUCAGACGGAUGCCCAACACAUGUUCUUGGCCCAGAGGCUCCAGGCACUGGACACUGGCUGGCAUGAGCUGCGUCGCAUGUGGGAGAACCGCCACAGUCUUCUGGCCCAAGCGUUUGACUUCCAGACUUUCUUGAGAGACGCGAAGCAGGCAGAGGCUUUCCUCAACAGCCAGGAGUACGUGCUGUCCCACACAGAAAUGCCCACCACUCUUCAGGGAGCAGAGGAGGCCAUUAAGAAGCACGAGGAUUUCCUCACCACCACAGAGGCCAGCGAGGAGAAGAUAACUGGCGUGGUGGAGGCCGGACGGCGCCUCAUUAAUGACUGUAAUGCAAACUCGGACAAGAUCCAGGAAAAAGUUGAUUCCAUCCAGGAAAGGCAUCUCAAAAAUAAAGAGGCUGCAAACGAAUUGCUGGCAAAGCUCAAGGAUAACCGUGAACUGCAGCACUUCCUUCAAGAUGGACAGGAGCUCACGUUGUGGAUCAAUGAGAAGAUGCUGACAGCACAGGACAUGUCUUACGAUGAGGCCAGAAAUCUUCACAGCAAGUGGCAGAAGCAUCAGGCCUUCAUGGCAGAGCUGGCCUCCAACAAAGACUGGCUUGACAAAAUUGAUAAGGAGGGUCAGGCGCUGGUGGCGGAGAAGCCGGAGCUCAAACCUGUCGUUCAGCAGACCCUGGAGGACCUUCAGCGUCAGUGGGAGGAGCUGGAGGGCACCACCCGCACCAAGGCCCAGUGCUUGUUCGACGCUAACCGGGCAGAGCUCUUUACACAGAGCUGCUCUGCUCUGGAUGUCUGGCUGAAAAACCUUGAGGGUCAGCUGCAGAGUGAUGACUAUGGCAAAGAUUUGACUAGUGUCAACAUCCUGCUCAAGAAGCACCAGAUGCUGGAGCACCAAAUGGAGGUCAGAGAGAAGGAGGUGCAGUCCCUCCAGUCUCAGGCUCUGGCCCUGUCCCAGGAGGAAGCUGGACUCACCGAAGUAGAUGGUCAGCAAAGGCGUGUCACUGACAACUUCUCCAACCUUCAGGAUCCUCUCAAACUAAGGAGACAGCGACUACUCGCCUCCAAAGAAGCACAUCAAUUCAACAGAGAUCUGGAGGAUGAAAUCCUAUGGGUGAAAGAGAGGAUGCCUCUGGCGUCUUCCACAGACCAUGGAAAAGACCUGCCCACUGUACAGCUGCUGAGUAAGAAGAACCAGACAUUGCAGAAGGAGAUUCAGGGCCACCAGCCUCGCAUCGAUGACAUCCUCAGACGAGGCAAGACUCAGAGCCAGUUAGAUGGUGAUAGGCAGUCUGUCCUGGAGGAGCGCCUCGUUGAGCUGGAGGACCUCUGGGGCCAGCUGAUAGCCGAGACAGACAAGCGCAAUGCCCGUCUAAUGGAAGCCAAUCGCGCCCAGCAGUUCUAUGCUGAUGCAGCAGAGGCCGAGGCCUGGAUGGGAGAACAAGAGCUACAUAUGAUGUCAGAGGAAAAAGCCAAGGAUGAGCAAAGCGCACUAGUAAUGGUCAAGAAGCACCAGACCCUCGAACAGGCGCUUGAAGACUACGCCCAAACCAUUCACCAACUAGCCAACAGCAGCCGCCUCAUGGUCACCAGUGAACACCCAGAGAGCGAGAGAAUCACCUUAAGGCAAGCCCAAGUCGACAAACUCUAUGCAGGGUUGAAAGACCUCGCUGAGGAGCGUCGUGGGCGGCUUCAGGAGAGACUGCGGCUGACCCAGCUGAAGCGGGAGGUGGAUGACCUGGAACAGUGGAUUGCUGAGAGGGAGGUGGUUGCUGGCUCCCACGAACUAGGACAGGACUAUGAACAUGUCACAAUGCUGAGGGACAAGUUCCGGGAGUUUGCUCGUGACACCAGCACCAUCGGCCAAGAGCGUGUGGAUGGUGUAAAUGGGCUGGCAGAUGACCUGAUUGAGUCGGGUCAUCCUGAGAACGCCAGUGUGGCUGAGUGGAAGGAUGGGUUAAACGAGGCUUGGGCUGAUCUGCUGGAGCUGAUCGACACACGCACACAGAUGUUGGCAGCCUCCUAUGAGUUGCACCGCUUCCAUCAGGAUGCCAUGGAGGUGCUUGGGCGUGUUAAGGAGAAGAGGGAGGGCCUGCCCUCUGACCUUGGCCGUGAUUUGAACACUGUUCAACAUCUACACAGACAGCACAACACUUUCGAAAAUGACAUCCAGGCCCUCAGUGGACAGGUGAACCAGGUGCAAGAUGAUGCAGCACGGUUGCAGAAGGCUUAUGCUGGGGAGAAAGCUGAUGACAUUCACAGGAGUGAACAUGCUGUGACUUCUGCCUGGGAAGGCCUGCUUGAGGCUGGUCAGGCCCGCAGGCUCCUCCUGCUGGACACUGUGGAGAAGUUCCGCUUCUUCAACAUGGUGCGAGACCUCAUGCUCUGGAUGGACGGUGUCAACCUGCAGAUAGAUGCACAUGACAGCCCCAGGGAUGUGUCCUCUGCAGGACUGGUCAUUGCCAAUCAUCAGGACAUCAAGUCAGAGAUCGAGACAAGAGCAGACAGCUUUACUGCCUGUAUUGAGAUGGGAAAUACUCUCAUCAACAAUAAUCACUAUGCAGCCGAUGAGAUCCGGGAGAAACUGGCUCAACUGCAGGAAAAGAGAGACAAGAUCAACAAAAAGUGGCAAGACAAGAUGGACCAUUUACAAAUUGUGCUGGAGGUGUUGCAGUUUGGACGCGAUGCCUAUGUGGCAGAGUCUUGGUUGGCAGGGCAGGAACCUUUGGUGCGAGCAGCCGAUCUGGGCUCAAAUGUGGAUGAGGUAGAGAGCCUAAUUAAGCGCCACGAGGCCUUUGAGAAGCUUGCUGCAGCCUGGGAAGACCGCUUUUCGCUGCUAGAGAAACUCACUACACUUGAGGAGCAGGAGAUCCAGAGGAGGCGAGAGGAAGAGGAGAGAGCGCGGCGACCCCCGACACCGCCCCCAGUAGAAGUGGCACCAUCUGAGACAGAAAGUCAAGCACAUGAUUCUGCAGCCAGAACCAGUCUGGACCAGACCACACUCAAUCAGUCGGUGUCAGUGAAUGGAGUUCACAGCGACAAUGACACAUCUCAGGGCUCAGAGUCUGAGUCGGUGAACGGACCAGGAAGGGACAGCGGGCUGGCAUCGUCUCGCCUUGAGCCUUCUGCCACGUUACCGAGCAGGGGUGGAGCAGAGUCCGAGCCAGAUACCAUGGAGGGGAUGCUCUGUCGAAAACAGGAGAUGGAGUCCCACAGCAAAAAGGCAGCUACCAGAUCCUGGCAGAACGUGUACUGUGUCCUAAGAAAAGGAAGUCUCGGUUUCUAUAAGGACAACAAGAGCGCUAGCAACGGCAUUCCAUACCACGGAGAGGUACCCAUAAGCCUCGGGGAGGCUGUGUGCGAGGUGGCUCACGACUAUAAGAAGAGGAAAUUUGUAUUCAAGCUCAGGCUAGGAGAUGGAAAAGAGUAUCUAUUCCAAGCAAAGGAUGAGGCGGAGAUGAGCUCCUGGAUCCGUUCCAUCCACAACUCCAUUCCAGCAGGAUCAGGAGACUCGCCAGUAGGUCCGCGGGCCCUCAGCCGCGCCAUGACGAUGCCUCCCAUCUCCCCCAGCUCAGGUGAAGCCGGAGGCGUUACCAUGCGCAACAAGGAGGGGAAAGAGAAGGAUCGUGAGAAGAGGUUCAGCUUCUUUGGCAAGAAAAAAUAGAACUCUUGUUUAAAUCGAUGGAAACUACAUUUGUCAAAAUUUCAACAGACUGAAGCAGGCAGAAAGCAAAGUACAAACCGGUCACACAAACACACUGCUCUCAGUGCAGGCCCCAAGGAAUUUGUCGACAGCUACUGUACGUGGCUUACAGAGAACUUUGUUUCUUUUCUUUCUCUCUGAUUCUCUCCCUCGCCAGUUUUAUCUGUCAUUUUCUUUUACGUUCACUCAAUUCAUAAUUCACAUUCAGCUGCACCCAACAAUGAAAGCCCUCAUCCAAUUUCAGCCGACCAGCUGAGCUUAUUAGUCUGAGUCAGUAACAGGUGUGGUUGGCAUUAGCAAGGAUUCAGGCCCAGUUCAGUUCCAACCCACCAACACGGCUCUCGCUCAACAUGAAUUCUUCCUCUUCCCUGAGUCUCGACUAGCUGAGCCACUUUGAUGCCGUGUCGCUAGUUAAACAAUGGAUGGAGGCUUUCCACUGUGGUGCACCCUGAUUUUAUUUCUCCACUUUAAAACGCUCUCUCUUUGGGAAGGAUCACAUCAGUCUCUUUUUCUGUUCUUGGUAUUGAUGUUAUUAACCUGACCGAUAUUAUUGCUAUUAUUAUUAUUAUUAUUAUUAUUAUUUAUCUUUUGCUAUUGCUGGUUUGAGAAAACAAACUAAUUAAUUUGCCAGUAGAUAAUCUUGAUUCAUGUUGUGGAGAGAAACAAAUUUGGUUCUAGUGGAGAAUGUUGGGCUUGCCCUUUGUAUGUAUUAUUUUGUUUAUUUUAGGAAUGACAGUUGAUGAGGUGUUUUUGAGAAAAAAAAAUAAAGUUCAUUAAAUUUUAGCAGUGUGCAGUAAGUGAUCACAAGUUUCAUUGGGAAAAUGAUAUAUAUAUAUAUUUAAUAAGUGGUUUUAUUUUUUAUUUUGUCUCUAAUUUUGCCUGUAUUUGAUUAUUUCUUUUGAGUGAUCUUUUCUGCUUGAUUUUCAACUUUUUUUUUUUCUGUACAAAGCAGAGAAGAUUAGUUUUCUAGUGUGUGUGCGCGCGUGUGUGUGUGUGUGUGCGUGUGUGAGUUGUGGUGCUGUGGAUUUUGCACGUUUAUGUUAUACCUGAUCAAACGUGGCCAGAUGAAUGCUGCUUUUCGGUCCGCAGACGAAAAUCAGACACAAACACGAAAUAACAAUAUCACCGGAAUGAUUUCAUAAAAUUAGCUUUUUCUUUGCUUCUGGUUUUUAUUUUAUGUAAGCUGACAUUACCAAUGAAGUUCCUCCAGACCAGACGCUUUCAUUGUUUCUGUUUAAGUCUUCUAAUAUCUAUUUCCGUUCUCUCUCUCUCUAUCUGCUGGUGUGAAGGCACAGGGGCAGUUUGUAGAUAAAAAGCUGAAGCACAUUUUCCGUGGCAGACCGCGAGGAUGCGAGCAGGACAGAUGGACAGCUGACAGGUCUCAUUACAGGUGAAGUGAGGGGUGUGCAAGUGAUAUCAGACAGGCAGUGAAGAAUGCGCUUCAUAUGCUACCUGACAGAGAGAGGUGUACUGAGCCUUACUUGAACCCACUCCAGAUACACUGAACCCCUUUUUACAACCCCGCCCUCCAUUCGAACAGUCUUAACGAAAGUUUUUGUAGUACGAAGAUGAGAAUGUUAAAAAUGUGCCCUGUGGCAAUGAUCUAAUGUAUGUCAGUGGAUUAUAUAUGCAGGUACAAUAUGAAUUAACAGCAACGACAGAAAGCUCUGCCCACUAGUGGUGGCAGGGAGGGAGAAGUCCCAAAUUGUCUCUUAGACGAGCUUUGCUCUCUUGCAUAUGUGGCAUGACUUCAUGUAGGUUUAUACUUGUAUGUGUCUCCAUCAUUGCCAUCUAUUCUCUUCUGUGUCGAUGUACUCUGGAAAAGAUCACCUCAUAUGCAGGGUUGGAGAGCAACUAUGUAAUUGGCAUUUCUAAAUCAAGAUAAUGGCAAUCCAAUAUGUAAAAAAAAAGAGAUAGGUGUUUAUUAGUUUCCUCAAAUAUGCUACAUGUUUGAGAUGAUAAGAGCAUUUCUAGUAUCUUGUGAGACUGUAGGCAGUAGUGCAAUCUUAUAUAAAUUGGUCGUUAACUGUUAUUAUAGUCAGUCACUUAAAUCCAAGGGUUAAUUUGCCUUUUCUAACUGCCAAAAUGCAACAGGAAGUUACUGGAUAACAAUUCUGAAUUCAAGAGUUUUAUGGAUCAUUUUAAGUAGGUUGCAAGCGAGUAAUUAUUUCUGAUUUAUUACACUCUGAAAAGUAACUCUUUUAAAGCUGGUAAUUGCCUGGAUGUGUACACCAUGCCUUUGAAAAAGGCAAACUGUUGCGAUAACACAAACAGCUGGAAGUUUAACAAGCUGGCCUUAUUUUCCAGUCCCAAAUGAAUGUGGAACGCUCAAAUCAAAGACCCCAGAGAAGUAUCCUCACAUCCACUUUGAGACUACUAAACAGUGACAGCACCUGGUUCAAACUUUAUCAGUCUGACUGCCUUGUCUCUGUCAGUGGGAUUUGUAUCAGUUAAGUAGCCUUAGACUUAGCUACGAUCUAGGAGAGUCAAUAUGGUCAUUGCAUACAUAAGUGAGCCGACGCAGUUAGCGUACAUUGUGCACAAUUUCGAAUGGAGGAGUCAUUCUUCCCCGGUGGACGAGCUGUUUUUAGUGCUACCUUCUCUCUGCUCUGGACAUCAGACACAGCAUCCAGUCGAUGUUAGGGACUUAAAGGUCAAACAGUGUAUUUUCUUAUCAGCUCAUUUGAAUGUGAAUGAUUCAAAUUAGUUUGGCCAAAUUGGUCAUGUGAAGCAAAAAUAUUUCUCAUACUUGACAUACUGUACACGAGCUCUCUCUCUCUCUCUCUCUCUCUCUAUCUCUCUCACACGCGCUCACACGUUAAUACUGUACUGUAUACUCAAUGCAGAAUGACCCUGGCAACCCAGUUUUGUGGAAACGUCCUCAGCUGGCUGCGAUUCGAUGUUGCAUCCUUUUAAAAAUAGCAUCGUGCUACUGGUGAGCUUUGACCAGGACAUGAAAAGUAAUGUAUUCUUGAUGUCAAAGAGAUGAGUUUUUGGUAAUGAGAGUACUUGUAACAAUGGAGUACUUAAUGAAGAAGAAAAAAAUAAACUUUUACUUGUUAAGUAUUAGAUAUGGGUGAAAACAGACUGGUGACAAUUUGAGCUUCCUUUUUUUAGAAGAAGGCAGGAUAUUUGCUGUCUAGUGGGAGCUUGUAUUUUUUCAUCCAGUGGUCUGUCUUGCAGCAUUUGAUAAGCCUGUCCUCCUACCUUCAUUUCUCAUUACUUUUGACGAAUGUCUGUUCCUUCCUCUGUAAUUCAGAGUUGUUAAUACCACUACUAUUAUUAAUUGCUAUUAUUAUCAUUAUUGCUACUGUUGUUACUAUUACUACUACUGUUACUAAUGCAAGUUAUUGCAAAAAUUAUAACUGCUGUCCAUUUUCAGGUACGUGUCUGUAAUACCAGACCCUUCCACACGAUGUCAGUGUGCUGUGGAGCAUUUUCAUUACAAAAUCUAAAAUAAUGUUUGUUGACUUGUGUAUCUACAUCUAAUAUUAGGAAUAAUAAAACAUGGUUUAAUCAAAAAUCA